AUGACGUUCUCCGAGACCAAAGAUGCGAGCUCGCGACGGCAGUCCCGAGUGAGUGUCGACUCGUUCACCAACGACAGCGGCCUCGUCGCGUUCCUGUCCCAGCAACUUGAAACCGCGCAGAGCCAGCUCCUCGAUCUUGAGCGCGACUUCAACGUCAAGACGGCCCGACAGGACGUCAUGCGCGAGCAGCUCGAGAACCAAGCCAUGACGCUCCAAGACGUCAACCAAGAACUCACGAACGAGUUGCUUAAGCUUCGGGCGACCCACAGCAGCGCGUUGCCAACCAGCGCGGCGUGUGAGACAGCCAACACAGAGCUCCGGGAUGAGAUCACGCGUCUGCGCGCCGACUGCGAGGCCAUGGAUGCGCAACACACCCGCACGCUGGAUGCCCUCAAACACGAGCUCGGUGCGCUCACGGACGAGAAUGCAUCGCUUGUCGCGCGUAAUUACGCUCUGGAGAGCCACAUCGCCGGCCUGAAAGCACCCGUCGCCUCUCAAUCGCCAGCAAACGAGCCAUUGAAGGGCCUUGAAAAGAAGCUUGACGAAGCCCGCAUCACUAAUCUCGGUCUCGCAGAGCGCAACGUCGCGCUCAAUGAUCAAGCGGUGCGGCUCGAAAUGGAGCUUCGGGACGCGCUGGCGCGAAGCCAACGUCUUGUCGACGUGGAGAAGCAAAACCAGACGCUCCAGCAGCUGCUUUGCGAAGCCCGCGACGAGACCGAAGAGCUCCAGUCGGUCAGCGACGCCAUGCGCAAGGAAAACACGUUUCUUCUCGACCAAAACACCGAGCUCAUGCACGACGUGCGCGUGCUCUCGUCUGCUGUUGACGAUCUCAAGCUCGCACAGAUGAGAGAGACGACCGCAUCGGACACGACACCGACAGAACAGCACCAGAAGGACGUCCAUGCCGAUCAAAUCGCGAUGCUCGAGACCGCCCUUGCCGAGAACGAUGCCAAGAUCACUGCCCUCCGUGAUCUCAACCAGGACACGCUUGCCGAGCUCGAGACGAAGCUGACGCAUAUUCAGACGCUGGAGACACAGCUUGUUGAGCGUCCGUCAUCGUCUUCGCCCGACGACCGUGUGCACUUGGUCCAGGAAAACGCGCGUCUGCGAACGGUCGUCGAAGAGCUUGAAGCCGAUCUUGGUCAGCGCACGACCGAGCUCGCGCGUAUGGAGCGCAGCCUCGCAUCCAUCCGUGCGGCCCCAUCCCAAGCUGAGCUUGCCGCUGUACAUGCGCUGGAAGUGAUGAAGCAGCGCGAAACGCGGUUGCAAGAAGAGGUCCACCGGUUGACAGCUAAGGUCGACGCCAUGGCGGUCGAGCGCGAUGACUUGGUGCGCAGCAUCAACGACAGCGAACGCUGGUCCGUCCAGAUGCGCGACGAGAUGAAGCGCAUGGAUACGCAGUUUGAGCAAGUCAUGACCCAUAGGACGCAGGAUCUACAGCGCCAGCACGACAGCUUGACCGACGCGUUGGCACGCGAGAAGGCAAUCGUAGCGCAGUUGCGGGACCAAGUGGCCAAGAUUCCCGCUGAAAGUCCCGAACUGGACGAGCUUCGCGCCGUGCAUCACACACUGCGAAACAUGAUUGUCGACAUUGCAGAGCACGUGGCGGUCGACUGCCCGCGGCGCGCGUCCCAAGACCCAAAUGAGCUUGUCGCCGCGCUGUCUGGUCUCCGGCAUCACGUGUGGAGCCUUGAGCAACACAAGGCUGCGUCGACCGCCGAAACGCAAGGCCUGCGCGACGCGACGACGCGCGUCAAUGACGAACUCGCAGCGAUGCGCCAGGAGCUUACCAAGGCACACACUGCCGAAGCGCAUCUCAAGCGUCAACUGACAACGGCCGAGCAAGCGCUACGCGCCAAAAUGACCGAGCUGCGACAGAGCGCCAACAAAGUGGAAAUUCUGGAGGCUGAGCUGGUGGCGCGCACUGACGCUGGCGAGGCGAGUCGGCGAGAUAUCAAGAAGCUUAAGUCGCAAGUGCAGGACCUCCAAGACGAACACGAGCGCUGUGCCUUGCGGGUUAUUGAUCUCCUGAGCCUCCUUGGCGUCGCGGCCACCAACCCCCAACAGCUACACAUUUCAAAGGCGCUCGACCAUGCAACGCGGCGUGUGGCAGCAAUCCUCCGCUCCGCCAACGAAAAGCUCCAGGGCACAGCGACGGCGCACGAAAACGAACGCGACUCGCUCAGCGCCCAGCUGCGCGCGGCCACCGAGCGCGGGCUCCAGCUCGAAACGGAUGUCACCGCCUUUCUGACGGCGCUCUUUCGCACUUUUGGCCGCGAGUACGACGCCACGCCGUCAACGCCAGACGGCAACGACCACCGCGCACGGGUCGUCGGACCGGCGCCUGGCGACACUGGUCGCAAGAUCGAGCGCAUGAACGAGCACAUGACACAGAUGUUUCACGAGUGCCUCGUGCUUCAGCGCAUGAACGAAUCGUACGCGCACGAAGUCGCGCACCUGCGGGCGCGCGAGAAGCACCUCGAGCACGACCUCGUCUCGGUGCUCGGCAAUUCGAACCGUCGGGUCCCCGAGACGCGAUAA